CUUUACAGUGGGUCUGGGCGAGCGGCGCAGCAAACAUGAGCGUCAGUCCGCGGUGUGUGCAGGAGGUGACCGCAGGUGCACAUGAGAGUUGCAUAUGAGUGAGGCCAUACCACACGGCCACACACGCGCGUGCAGCAGCUUGUCACUCUUUCUCUCCUUUCCCCUCCGGAUCUCCCAGCCAGCGACUCCAAGCAGACGGUAAAGGCUGCUCGGGAUCACGAUCAACACGCAAGCAGAUCUCAGGCACUCUUGAAGUAGGGCUGAAAGAAUACAGUCGUGGCACCGUGGUGUCCCUGGCUCCCGUCUAAGUAGUGCCGCCGACUGCACAACCAUCGCCAUCCGUUCCCCUUCAUCCUCCUCCUCCUCCUACUCCACCUCCUCUCCACCCCCUCCCCCCCAGCUGCUCCUGCUGCUGCUGCUGCUUCUCCUCUUCCAAGCUCCUGCUGAGACAUAAUCACUAGGCCGUUCCGCUCCUUCUUCCGCACACCUUUCUCAUUCAGGCCCAGUGCCUGUGUCUGUUGUGCCUCUGCUGACCUCUCUUUUUUUGUGACCGAGUGACGUCUUCUUGAAACGCAACUUUUUUCUGCCCUAUUUUUUUCUCUCUCGAUUUCGGCCUCCUUGUCCCUCCUGGUCCUGUGGUUCCCCAAAACCCCGUCUUACACAAGCUUAGAUAUAUGAUGACCCGUUCCGCGACGGCGACCGUCCCGAAAUGCAGCGGGAUGGUCGAGGAGUGAUGGUGUCUGUGAAAGUUUUCUCUGGUCGAGCAAGAGGAAUCUUUCCACGGGUCCUUCUCCUCCGACCCGACUUAGUCUGAGUUCUUCUGUUGCGCCGACGAGAUGCUAGUAUUGACGAGAGGCGCUCUAAGCAGUGUCUUAGUAGUGUUUUUCUAACGAGGUUGCAUUUGCGAAAGCCGUUUCUUUUGGAGAAAGAAAACAUUGAAUGGAAGAGACAGGAACUUGGGAAAAUACAUGAAUUGACGAUGAAUAUUGCCUUAUCAGACGAUGGAUUUCGCUCGCAAGUGUUUGAAUUUCUCUCUUGGGAUCAUUCUCGAAGGAAAUAACGAACUGAAUUUAUAAACUGCUUGUGCUUGCAAACAAACAAACUCUGAAGACGGUUGUUCAUAGCUGGGAAGCGAAUCGAAUUCCAUUUAUGAUUGGAACUUUAUCAGAGUUAACGUUCCACACGAGUGUUAAGAGUGAAGGGAAAUAAUCGUAUCAUUUGGAAUAAUUAGGUAAGCUGACUCUCAGUUCCAAGGAUUUCAUAAAUUCCGUACAUUAGACUUGACUCUCAAUUAGAAAAUAUAAACGUGGUAGUCUAAAAGUCUCGUAAGACUAAAAGAUAAAGGAAACCGUGUCUUUCAAAACCGUUCCUCGUUUUGUAUUGCGUUCUCUCAAAAGAAUUCUAAGAAAUCAACCAAGAACUUGCAUGUGAUUCCUGUCACUAAGUGUUCCUUAAAAGAGAAGUUCUAUGCGACAUGAUUCCUACCGAUUCCUCUGCUGUCGUAGCCCAACGCCUCACAGGAUACGCGCUCGUAAUGCCAUGAAUGAUGAUGAGGCUGAUGUAGACAACUGUUCACGGGUGAUGAUCACUGUUCAUGAUUUGUUGUGACGACGAUAAUGGUGAAAACGAUGAUAAGUCAAUUCACGAUGAUGUCGGUUUUCUCAACGUCGAGGUGGGCAUGUCUGUCAAUCGCCAGCUACCCAGUUGUCCGUCAGGAGCUGGUGCUUGGGUGAGUUAUUCAGAUCGUCUGGUUGGGGUCAGUCAGCUGGCAGGUGUCGCCUACACCAUUGCCGCCCGCCAUAUAUGCCAUUCGCGCCCACCAUGUGACCCAACCAUCCAUCCAUGUUGCUCGUGCCACCCACCACGCGCGCCCACGCCACACAACCUCUGGUGCCGUCGCCUGCAUCGGAGCGCAACGCCUUUUCCAACAGUACCACGACUACUUCUCCAAUUCCUAUCAAGACUGAACCCGCCCAUUACAACAUCACACCACCCCUGGCCGACAACCCCCGACGCCCACACAUGUCCGGCCUGAGCGACACACAGUACCCGCCCGUGUCGACCGCCAAUCUCUCGGCGCCCAGCACGCCCGCACCACCUUCCACGCCAACUCCAGCGCCCCCAGCUACUGCCGCAUCUGACCGGUCAGGGUCAGCAGGCUCCGCCAGCGGAGGAUCUCUGCCAAAUAACCCUUCUUCAGUCGGCGGAGGAGGCGUCCCCCCGCCACCACCCCCGUCGGGAGGAAGCAUCGCUCCCCCUGUCUCUACCCCGUCGUCCCUGGGUAUCGUGGCACCCGCUAUGCCCGUGCCCGGACCGUCGCAGGGCGCUCAGAACCCGGGGUCGCAGCAGGCCCCGAUACCCCAUCCACUCCUGGGAUACGUCCCCAACGGAAACAAGAUCCUCUCACGUAACCUCAACGGCACGCGUGAGUACUUCAACAACAACGCCAGGCCCAACUUUCCUCCCGUCAACCAAUCAGGGCCUAACUACCCUUCGCUCAGCCAAUCAGAUCGUCGAGGUGAUCCCUUAAGACGUAAUCAAGAUUACGGACUGCCAAGUAAGGGGCCUAUACUGUUUGACGCUGGCAGACAUGUGGCCGUGACGUCACAGCCCACCAACGAGUCGGAGUUGCAGCUGUACCGCGUGUUGCAGCGGGCAAACCUCCUGAAUUACUACGACACGUUCAUCAGUCAAGGAGGCGAUGACGUUCAACAGUUGUGCGAGGCAGGCGAAGAGGAAUUUUUAGAGAUUAUGGCUCUCGUUGGGAUGGCCUCCAAGCCCCUGCACGUACGGCGACUACAGAAAGCUCUACAGGAGUGGGUCUCCAAUCCUGUUAACAACUCCAUCCCCUUCCGAGGGGUGUCUACAGAAGCCAUGUUCCAGAUACCACUACUGCCUAACCUGCCCCCGUCAGUAGUGGCGGGGUUUCCCUCACUUACCAGGGGGCUCCUUAACACGCCCACGCCAACUCCGGCGUCCACACGCCCGUCACCGCCCAUGACUGCUCCCAGUAUCCACCCAAACCACAACUCUAGUCCCGGCAUUACCAAGGAUUCCAUGGCAGCCAUGAAUAGUAACAGUAUGGGCGCCGCAGGUCUUCGCGAUGGGAACGUGGGCAUGAACCCAGGGGUAUCCAUAGCCUCUAGCACAGCUUCCACCCCAUCCAUGCCCAUCUCCAACCCAGUUGGAUGCCCCACCAGCAGAGACGGCCCAAUGGGUCUGGGAGCCGGGGGCAUGGGUGUCCCCAUGGGUGGAUUACCCGGGGGCCCCAUGGGAGCGAUGGGAGGAGGCAUGCCCGGAGGCCUAGGGGGAUCCAGAGGACCCUCCCCACACCACACAUCUCCCACACACCCCGGGGCCAUCCCCCCUGGAUCAGUCGGCUUACAGAGCGCGGGUGUAGAGAACAACAACCACCACCAGUACCAGAACCAGUACCCCCCUCCCCCCGGAUCCCCAGUCCAGCUCACCCCGGUCCUGCUUAUGUCACAAGUGGAUAGGCUAGCUGAUGCCGCCUAUAAUCUGGUGAACAACCUGCCGCCUCUCGAACCCAAGAAUCAACAGCAGCUGGCCAACAAGCGCAAGAUGUCCAAAGAGUUGGAGUACAUAAUGAACAUGAGCGAGGAUGACCCUCGGAGGAUGGAGGAGAUACGCAAAUACGCAGCCAUCUACGGACGGUUCGACUGCAAAAGGAAACCAGAGAAACCCCUUACGUUACAUGAGGUCUCUGUCAAUGAAGCAGCUGCCCAAAUCUGCAAAUACAUGCCCGCUCUGCUCACGCGACGGGACGAGCUCUUCCCUUUGGCUCGCCAAGUGGUCAGAGAUUCCGGGUACCAAUACUCCAAAGGUCAUUCCAGGUCGCAGACAGUCGUAGGAAGAGAUGAUGAACCUAAAACUAAAAGGUCAAGGUCAGAUUCUGGACAUGACACGAGUGACCUCAAAAAUGACCUGCAGUGGAAGAAGAGACAGGAGCGCCUCGAAGCCAUAAGCGAGGAGCUGCGGCACAUGAGCGAGAAAGCCGAGGAGGUGAGAAGUACCCUCAGCUCCGGCGGGGGGGACAUCGCGGCCCUGACAAGUCAGAUGGACGCCCUUCAGUCUCGCCACGCCCAGCUCACCAUCGAGCAGAACGAACUGCUAAGGGCCCAACGCAAAGCGAAGAGCGAUCGUGUCUCCGUCUGUAGCGAAGACCGGGAGAGGGGCGAGGACUCGGACUCCCAAUUCUCCUACAGCGGCGCCAGUUCUCCAUCCCAGUUGUACCUACAGCAGCUGGUCCAGGAUACCCUUGUGGAUGAAGGCCUGCGGGUGGUGAAGGAGUCCUUAAACCAACAGAAGGACGCUGUCACAGGUUCUAGUAGGCCCCAAGAUACCCCUACUUAUCCCCCACGCCCCCAGCAGGACGGGACAGGCAAGCAGAACUCCACGGGGGGAGCAGCUGGGGUUCCCAACACCACAUCGGCCUCGGCGCCCACAUCCACGCCCACAACUACCGCUGCUGCCGCGGGAAGGCUCGUUUCGCCGCCCACUACUUACUCCGACAUCUUCUCCUACCCUGAGAAUAAGGUGAGGAAGGUGCUGUCGUCAAGUCAGGGCAACAUCAUAGCGGUGACUAACCCGGCGCUCUCCAUGUCCGCCGCUCUCGCCUCUCCGCAUAUGAGCGACGAGGAGCGCUCCAUCUCCGCUCUCUACACACUCAGUCAGACCGUAGGAGCCGUGGCGGCCGCCAGGGGGAAUUCCAUCAAGCAGGAGCCCAAUUCCCCAGGAGCCACGAAGCAGGAGUGAGGCGAAGAAGCAGCGGCGAUUCCUACGCUGAAGACAAAAAAAUAAUAAAUAUAAUAAAAUAAAAUAAAAGGCAUCAAGUUCCUCCGGCAGAAUCGUUUUAACGCCUCCCCCCCCCCGAAUCCCAAGAGUCAAGGCGCCUCAGUCAUUUAAGAAGAGAAGUAGUGUUUCUUAUUUUGAUGGCGGUGAAAAGAGAAACUGUAGUUUCAAUGUUCCAAAGGGCUUUGCCAAGACGCUUUAGACUUAUGGCCCGCCCCCCCUUUUUCUCUCUGAAAAGCCCGUCGGCUGAAAUGCCGUACACCCAACCACAUAGGGUGGGAUUGUCAGCCACAUUCAACCGGAAAUGAAAAUGAAUGCGAAAGAAAAAGAAAGUGAAAGAGAGGAGAGAUCCCUCGUGGGUGUGAUCGACCAGAACCUGUGACUUGAAAAGCGGUUCAUUCCGAAAGGAUAUGACUCUAAUAUGAUUCUAACUCGUGACGUUCAGUGUAUGAAACGGUGACGUGAAGGGCACUUGUGCAUUCUUACAUGUGUGGUGCAUGAUAAUCUUGUUCGAGUCAAAAUAAAAAAAAAUAAUUCACUUUAUGAUUGCUGCACAUCUUUGUUUUCGUGAAAUUGCUUACUGUCGAUAAAUGACCCAUUGAUUUUUUAGGAACUCAUUGUGAACUUCGAAAAUAAUAUUCUAGUGCCUGUAACAUUAAUGGCUAGUUUGGAUUAGACAGUUGGAUGGCUAUUAUUCACGAGAGAGUGAAAAGUUCGUUUGUCUCAUGCUAUCAGGAAAAGCAUUUAUCAAAACAUGUUAGAACGGUCCUGUCUACUUUACAUCUUUCUCACUCCAUGAUAUUAUAGUGAUCAUUAGUAAACUGUUGCUAGGCGUGACCUGGUCCCCAACCCCCCAAAAAAAUUCAUGAAAACUCUUCAAGAUGUGUAUGAAUAAAACUUAUAUGUAUAUAUAAAUACAUAUAUGUGUAUAUGAUGUAGGUUGCUAAUGACCCUCUCAAGAUGAUGAUGAUGAUGCUCUCUCUUAGUUGUAGUAAUAACUGCAAGCGAUUCUUCUCAGAGGAGAAUCGGGUAAGAUUUGCGGUGGCUGUACUGCUCGGUCGGUAUAUCCAUCCCCUCGAGGUGGGCCUAGUGACGCCGAAUUGAAUCCGUUCUGAAGUACAAUUCACUAAAAGCAAUUUUAAGGACUCAUGAAAAAAAAAAUAUAUCGCUCUGAAGCAAAUAAUUAGGACCGUUAUGGAAGGGUGGUGACGUCAUGCGGGGGAUGGCCGCCCCCCUUACCCCCCUCCCAAUACGAAGUGGCGCAUGCGUUUUUCAAAUGUAGGUAGCGCCACCUUCUGCUCUCUCCCCCACCUUCCGCGAAACCUGCUGAUGACAAUCCUCCACUACCUACUUAUAGUUCCUUUCCCUUUUGCCCCCCCCCCUCCCCCCUCUCUCUCUCUCUCUCCCUCUCUCCCCCCCCCCCCCCUUCCUUUCCAUGCGACCAAAGUCACGUAUGAUUAUUUCUUGAACUAGUCCUGUUUCCGAUUGAAUCCAACAAUGAAUCCAAUUUUGUCGUCUUUGUGUUUUGUCCCAAAAAAGUGUUUUUGGUAACAAGUAACUUACAAUUGGUUAGUUAAGUUCCUUUAUUUUUUCGUUUGUCACUAACGCCACUAAAACCUUAACCAUCUGUACCUAUCGAUUUAAUCUUGGCUUAUGUGAAUUUCAAAAUAUAUUGUUUUCAGUAUUCGUGAGUAGCAUUCCAUCGGUGAAAUCGACUUUCAUUUCGCAAAUACCAAGUCUCGGAAGCCAUUGAUUUGGCUCGCUCUGCUUUUUAGAUCAUUCAAGAAUCGUUCGAUGGACUGGAAUUUUGGAUUUGAUUUUUUGCAAAUUUUCCAGAGAUCUGACCAAGCUAAAAUUAGUCCUGCGCCUAGGAAUUUUCAAGGCUUUUAAAACGCGUUUCUGGAACGACUACAUUCGAACCAGCCAAGUUGAACGAAACCUUUAUCAGGUCAGGUGUAGGUCACGAACACGAUCUAUGUUUAUUAACGACGUAAUUUAAGGGCGCUUCGAAUGGGGAUGAGGACUAACCCAACAUUACAUAACAACAUUUGUAAAUUUGCCGCGAUCAUUGACACUUAGUAUAAACUGAUCAGCCGUUCUGUUGAAUAAUGACGUGUGACGUAUUGUUUGUUUGUUUGUUUAUUUUUUAAAUACACAGUCGUUAGAUCUACUAUAUUAGCUCUUUGGAGGUCUAUCCUCCUUCCUAGGCUGGAGAGAAGAGCUUUUUUUUCGCCCCCUUCCUCGGGAAAUAAGACCCAAAAAACAGUCAGGCGUCGCCUGUGAUAAGCUAAAUAUGGAACCUUUGACAGCAGGUGAAUGAAGAGAAAGAAAAGUUGAGAGGCCGAACAUCUUGGAGAGAAAUUUUUUUUGCUGUUGCAUAUUCUGAAUCCGUAUUGACAUGUGCUUCGCGUGUGCAACGUGUUCUAUUCAAUUUAUUUUUUGUAUUUAUAUUUUUUCUUAAUUGAUUGACACUUGUAGUUUUAAUUCUCGUAAAACGUUCGAUUUGUUCCCAUUCAUAUUUCGACCAUAUGGUAGAGUUGCGAAGUAAAUUACCUGUUAGCUUUUGUACUAAGUCCAAAAAGUAAAAAUAAUCUUUGUAUGAAAUCGCAAAUUGAACUAAUAUUUGAUGUCCAUACUUGUAAAAGCAUUUGCGUGAAAGUAAACGAAAUUUGGCUUCGCUGAAAGGAUAUUAUUUCUGCUUUCUAUUCCAAUGUUAAGCCAUUGUUUAUUGACAGCGCUGUCAGCACCCCUGUGCCCCAAAUUGUCAACAUUGGACGACUGUGCUCUAUUUUUACUGCGAAUUGCGUGAUUAGAAGACAGUCUUCAUUUCUUAUCAUUUGUUGUGCUUGAUUCAUCGUCUUGUUUUGAGGUUUUCAUUAUUUCCUUAGAAUCCAAAAUGCCCCCAUUGGUAUUAUACCCCGUCUGCUGAAGAUGUGGUAUAUGGUUUAACCCUUGACCUCGCUGUAUGUCCAUUGAAUGAUCAUGUAUUGACGAUGACUUUUUUCUACCUAAUUGAUUUAUUUGGAAUAUUUGGUGUCCGUUUGUCCGUCUUUUUGUUUGUGUCGGUGUAUUUGCAUCUACCUAAUUGAUUUUAGUUUCACUAUUUAAAUUACCUAAUUAGUUUUUAGCUUCAUUUGGUUCUCCUAAAUCGAUCCCAGUAAAUAGCCAUAUCAAUUUGUAAAAUAUCAUUGGUCUUUUAUCAGUGAAAGUGACUGUGGUAUUAUUGGAUUAGAUCUUCAUUUACUAUAAGUGUAAUGUUCACCUUACUUAAGAUACAUUUAGUCACAAGGUAUUUUGAGUAAAUUAAGUUAAGAAUUGGAUGGCUCUCUAUGCCAUAAGAUUGUGUAAUGGCUAUCGCUGGGUUAAUUUGAUUUCUCUUAAGAUUUCUGGGUCUUUUCAUAGCGCCCAAAACCUACCUGAGACAAAUGAAAUCUUUUUUUUCAAUUCAUACUUACCCCUAGCACGCCAAAUCCUACUAUGUCCCGAUUCCUAUGAAUUCCUAAAAUCCUACUAUUUAUUUUAUAUUGUUUUUUUUAUGGAAUCACUACGAAACGGCUGUGGGUCUGAGCCCUGAAUGUCCAAUAGACAGUGGCCAGCUGAACGAUGUGAAAUGAAUCAAGAUGCCCCAAUUGAAAUGGAAGGGCGAAGAAAUUUGAGAAAAUAUUGUGAGUAGAAUCAAGAAUUGCCAAGGCAGUAACUUCUUUGAGAAGAGGAGCGCCCUCGAAGAAAAACAAGAGACAGGCAGCGCCGUGGUCUUUCUUUUCCAGUCGAUGUCUUCGCUUUUUCUACUUAGCCCCCCUCCCCCCCUUCCAACCCCACCCAUUCUCCCGAAUCCCCACCCUCCGAACUCCUACUAGCUUAUUUGCCCUUCAUCCUUCUCCUCCUCCUCCUCCUCCUCCUCCCCCCUCCCCCCCUCCCCCUCCCCGUGCCGAAAGCAGAAAGUCGAGAGACAGAGCCGUUGACGGCAGGAUAACCGUGAAGAAACGAAGAAGAAGCACCGUCAUACCACAGCAAUCAGCGUUACCACAGAACCAGAGGGACACAUCACACUGUGUGUUGUAUUAACCCAUAUAUGUGUUUAUAGAUGGGUUUUUAUCUGUGCAGUCCCUGACUGCGCAUGUACAGGAAAAUACUUUAUGGAAGGUGUACAAUUUUGAAUGUACUGUACAGAUGAAAUGAUGUAAAUGUUGGAUUCACUGUACAGAUUAUGUGGUGUACAAAGUUCGUGAGCAUCCGGCCUCCUGACAAGAGUGUGUGGCCCCGUUCGUGCUUAUAGGCCGUUAAAAACUAGUGUAAACAAGUAAACAACUUCAGAAAGAGUUCCAAACUCGACCACUGAUAGCAAUGAGAUAUCAGUUUUUCCCCCUUGAUUGAUGUUCAUUGUAUUUUUGUAUUUCUUUCAAUCUACGUAGGCCUAUUUCAGCUGUGAAGAUUAUAACAGGAUGAAGUUGUCACGCCUGAAGACGACUGAUGAUGAUGAUCAUAACUUGUUGUGAUGUUGUAGGUGAUGAGUUGAUGAAAUCGGGCGCUCGGUGUUCUGUAAAGGCGUCCCUGGGCGAUGAAUAGCAGGAGAGGAAACAUGAUACUUCCUAGAGUGACUAGAAUUAAUUUGUACUUUUUUAAGUACCGUCAACCACCGCGUGUUCCUGUGUACAGCUUGUGAAGUUUUUUCUCUUUAUAUUUUUGUCAUUAUUUAUGUUGCUGGAUUAUUUGAUAUUAUUCUCGCAUUUCUACUCUUCUACAAAAGUGAGGAAUCCAGAAAUAGUCAUUUCCACUUGUCCUCCUCGCAAGGCGUAUCUGAACAAACAUCUUUUGUGCGAGCCUUGGCCAUCCUUUUUUUUCUAUUUAUUGACAGUGGAUUGAAAUCCGGUCUUAUCUCUUUUAUUCCAUCACAGACUGGGUCAUUUUCAGUUACAAAUGUUCCAGUUUUAAUUCCUUGGGAUUUCUCAGAAUCUGUUGAAAACAGUAAAAAUAGGAAUUUGACUUAUAACAAUCGGCUCACAAUUUCUAGGUGGUUGAUAAAACUAUUUCUUUAAUUACUUGCAAAGUGCGAAUUAAUCGCGUGAUUGAAGGAUCUGUUCCUAGCAAUUCAGGUUUACUGUGUAACUGUUGAAAGAACUGAACUCGCUUCUCUGUCAUUGGUGCUGUUAUGCAUUUUGUCUAUUUUAUGAAGAUGUCGUCAGCUGAUGUGCGAGCUGACCAGUGUUUCUUACAAUAUGGUUGUAUGAAUGUUUUUUGUGCUUGUGGUCACUUCAGGACCGUGUUUAGUACUUAUGAAUUUUUAUUUUUACAAAAUUUCAAACAAGAGUCAUUCCAAAAAUAGGUCCUUAAACAUUAUCACUACCACCUCCGUUAAUUUAUUGGGUAUUGAUUUGAUCGUAGUUACAGCAAUGGGAAAUUUUAUAUAACAGAUGUCUUUCAUGAGGAUGAGGAGGAAAAAUUUUUUGUCGACAUGAAUCUGAUUGACGUGACCUUCUCUCGCGUAAAAAGAGUAAAAAGACUCUUGAUGCGCAUCUGAGAGAUCCGUGGUAUUAAAACUGGAUCGUAGUUGUUCUUACCGCUUUUCUUUGACUCGAGCAUGCUCAUUUACAAAAGAAUACAGGAUACAGAAGACGUGAUCACAGUCUUUACAUUAGGAAGACCUAGUAGGACGGCGUGUGUCGGGCUCUUCUGCAGCCCUUGUUUUAAAAAAAGGGGGGGGAAAGUCGCACUUGGGAGUUUGUGCCAUAGAUGAGAAGUGACGUUGUGACUAGUUUCCCUUGGCGCGGUGGACGUUACUCGAUGUAAUCUUAAUAAAUAUUACUAUAUGUUAAUGAGUGACGGAGGUACGUGAUGGUUUGAAGCCUUAGGGAUCACAGCGCCAGCUAAUAUUUGAUCAAUCCGUCUCCCUCUUCGGCCGUUUGUGUUGGAAGAUCAUUACUUGCGUAUUCCAGACUUCACACCCACCGUUUGUUUCUUCUAUUUUGAACUUAGUGGAAGUCCGCAUUGGGAUCACAACGUCGAUGGUUUAUAGAUGGCCAUUUUAUUCGUUUCCAUAGACUGAUUUAGAAGGCUGUGGGUGGGUGCUCUUCAUUUAGCCUGAUUACUACGGCACAAAUUUCGUCCUGUCCGAAGGCUCAAAAUCACUUACCUUGUCACUCUUUAAGUCUCACACAAAGCAGCAGUUCCUCAGCCUCCCUUAAAUGUGGAUAAAGGUUUUUAAUUGUUUUAUUAGUUAGACUCCAGGGACCCUGUUUGCUAUAGAAAACUUUAAAAACUCUGAAAGACGGUGAAUCGACAUUUGAAUGAGAGUGUACUCUUGUCAUUAAAAAAUAAAUCCCUUUUGAAGUAAGUUGUGAGAUCUAUUUUAAGAAAUGAAAAUUCUGUUUUGAUAUGUUGUAAAAUGUCCGGCAUUUGCCCUAUUACAUAUUCCUGUACUGCAGUUAUUUUUUCUAUAACAGUAGAAAUGCUGUUUUGUUCCAUAGGUUUUCAGUCGUCAUAGCACACAUUAUUUACUCUUCCAAAAAUUCCUAUUGUGACGUGGCAACUCAUCUCUGAAUCAGAACCUAAUAUUUUGGUUUGGGUUGAAAUUAAUGUACAAUAUUUCCCUUGUACCUUUAUUCUUUUCCCUGCGGCUUUCUCCAUUCUUAAAGGUUCCCCUCCCCAUUGUUCAUUGCUCAUCGCUGUCAAAUUUGCAAAAAGAGAGAUAAGAAAGAAGGAGAAAAACUAAAGAUUGGAAAUGUAAACCGCCUCUCAGGGGAACAGAAGGACUUUUAUAAGUACGAUUUGUUCUUUUGCCUUUUAAAAGUACAGUGUCCCAAUAUUUAGUACAAGUUCCCAGUUCUCCUCCCCACCGUUCCUUCCGCCCCCCGCCCGAUCCCCGGGGGUCGUUCUCCCAACGGGUCUUUGCGAGGGGACCCCAGGUUUUCUUUUACGACAAAGGACCCAUUUUGUUGUUUCGAUCAAAUCGAAAUCUUCCGCCUGAAGAUGAUUUUUCUCCUAGCAAUAUUUCUGUUCAGGAUUCUACCGCUGAUCUUCUUCAGUCAUUCAGAUGGAAUGGGUUUUAUAUGGUCAUUCUCAGGUGAGUGGGACACACCAUCCGUGUUAAUGAUUAGGAUAUACAUGCAUAUAUACGUGUAUUUAUUUGUACACAAGCCAAGAAGAACCGCCAUCUUUCAGUGUUUUUCAGAGCCAUAUUCCAGACAGCGUUCUCUUUCUCUUUGUAUGGCAUUUUCAAUUAUAGCUCUGGAUUUGAUCAGUACUCAUUUUUUUGUGUGAAUAUUCCAAGGACUCUAUUUGUUCUUCAUCUCACUUAUCCCCCUUUUGUGACAAUGUUUGUUUAUAUCGUUUUCCUUUUUUCUCGUCUUUGACAUUUCCCUGCUAGUUCUUCGCAUUUGUCAAUCUACUGCGAUUAUUGUUUCCUUUCCUCAUUUAAUUAUUCAUUCAUGCUUCAAACACCAGCCUAAACCUAAUCCGGAAUUAUUUAUAGUUAUUUUCUCUCGUGUCAAUUCCUUAUUGAUGUCUCCACCCAACGAAAAGUGCUAUGAAUAAAAUCUGAUGUUUAAUUUAGCUCUCUAAGAAAGUAAGUACAAAAUCAUGUGACCCAUUUUGAAUUCCUGACAAACUUGUUAUAUAACUCAGCUCAUGUUGCCGCAUAGUAUAUACAUAUAUACUUGUAAUAUGGAGAAGAAGAAGAAGAAGGAAAAAAAAAAAAUUCCAUUUAUGAAAUUCUUGUGUCUGAUUAGACUCGCUAUAGGUAGACAGACAGCAGACAACAGACACGCCGUGUGAGCAGGGAAGAACACCUGAAGAGAAAGUCUCGUGAAUAUAUUUAUCCUGCUUCCACUUCGAAGGAAAGAAAAAAAAAAUAAGAAAGGACUUAGUUUUAAAGGUAAUCAAGCAACGGGUGGAUGUUGUAAGCUUUAAGUGUCGAAAUGUAAUAAUACUGAUAGUUUGCAUUUUGUAUCGAAGUUAAUUGUCUUCAAUUCUUUGAAUAGAUAUUGUCCUGGGUGUGACUCACCGAUCUUAUAUUGUCCUCCACUUCUCAUUCAUCAUUCUCGCCUCUUCCUUUCCUUUCCUGCAUCUGUAAUAUCACUGCGAUCUGAAGAUUUAUGAGCAGUAAUCACCACACGGAAUUCUCUUUUUUAGGAGAUAAUGCUGGCGUCCAUACUAUUUGAUGACGCACUUAUGCUCUCUCUCUCUCUCUCUCUCUCUCUCUCUCUCUCUCUCUCUCUCUCUCUCUCUCUCUCUCUCUCUCUCUCUCUCUCUCUCUCUCUCUCUCUGUUUGUGAUCUGUAGAUUAUAUGAAGUCUUCUCUCAAUUAAUUUUUAUCUUUUUUCUUUUUGAAAUUCCCACUUUAUAGAUCCACGUUUUUUGUGCUAUGUACAUAAUCCUCAAUGUAACCACUUGGAUGAGAUGAUAUCAAAUUUCUACUUACAUUAAGAGAUUUAAACUCUUAUGAUUGAUGUACAUGUAUGGCAGACUGCUACAGUACGUAAUGGAGUGAUAUGGAUACAUUUUUUAUGAAAAUAAAAUAAACAGUUGCUGUAACUUUCAAAUUGAACAAAAAAAAAAUGUGUAUUUUAAACAAGGAUAAAUUUAUAUGAGUUUUAGCAGUGGAACUUUUAAAUAAUGGAUGUACAUAAUAUUAGAUUGUAGUUGUUAAACUCCGAUUUGUCAGAACCUGUCACCACUCGUCCCUUGUGCGUCAAGAUUCCUUUCGAUCCUUUGAUUUUCACUCUUUCGCGAUUUUCCUUUUUCGGAUUCGUCCGCCUUUCCCUCCUCGAACCAUUUUUCUCUCUUUUCACUUCUUAUUAUUAAUGAUGGAAAAAUUUUCAUCAACAUAUCCCCCACCCCCCGCUCCUCCUCCUCCUCCUCCUCACCUCCCACCUCUUACUUGGAAACUCUCUUUCAUAACAUAAACAUUCUCUGACAAGAGCACGAGAGAAAGAAAGGAAAACAGUUGUACAAUACAUAUAUUUAUUUAUUUCUCUUGUGCUGCCUGUGAACCUUGCAAGAAUCCAUCUGCUAUCCUAAUAAUUUAUCCUUGUGAAGCCGUGGAGAGAAAAUAAUAAUACACUUCCCACUGUAAACUUUUAAGUCGUGGCCAGCCAUUUUCGAGUCUUGAGGACGUCACUUGCUGAGGUUCAGGUUUCCCCUCAAUGGUGAUGUAUUGGAAAGUGAGCCUUAUCGAUUGACUCUCUAAGGCUCAGUAUAGGCUCCCACGUGACCAUUGUGUUGAAGCUCAUGUGUUUGUAAGCACAGAAGAAAAUAAAGUCUGACAUUGUG